AUGAACGACCGUAUCAUCACCCCCAUACGCCUGAACGUGAAAGUAUCAAACAGGAGUCAAAACGCUGGAGCAAAGGCAACCAUCGACUCGGCAUGCGAAGGGGUUAUAGUAAACGAAACUUGGGUCAAAAGACAUCGUUUCCCCACCUACACACUCAACAACCCCAUUCGCGUCCGGAAUGUCGAUGACACCAUCAAUAAAGCAGGUCUCAUCCGAUCCGCCUUGGAUGUGAACCUCACCAUUCGGGACAUCAGUGGACGAACGCAUACUGAGCGCGUCCAGAUGUUUAUCUCCAAUCUAGGGAAAGACGACCUUAUCCUAGGAACAGAUUGGCUGAAAUACCACGAUCCCUCCAUUGAGUGGAGGCGACGUGAAGUGCACUUCGAUCGGUGCCCCCAGAAAUGCCAGCAACCACAUGGGUUCACUAGGGCAAGGGAAGAACCGCCAUACAGCAGGCGGUUAUCAAACGUGGAGCCACGGCACAAACCACGUAUCAAUGAGCGCGAAAAACAGCGCCUAGAACAUCUCCGAAGACUAUCGGAAGAUGUAGGACUCCGCGACCAUAGCGGAACGUUUGGUGUCCGACUACGAGCAUACCUCAAAAGGAAAUGGCUCCUAAAGGACAUAAGGAAAUACGCAGAAGAGAAACGAAAGGCUCAAGACAAGCCAUCUCUUUCACCAAAUGAGGGAGAACCUGAUCUCCCAGAUAAACCCUCAGGAAAACAGGCCACCCGGGACCCAGUUAUUCGGAAACUGGCCCCCGAACCGUCAGGAUUUGCCAGCUUCGACCAAGACCUGGAAGACGAAAUUAUCGUCACCAAUCUAAAGGAAAGAGUUCCCAAGGCGCAUCACGAAUUUUUGGACAUCUUUAGCGAACGAAAGUCGCAGCGACUCCCAGAACACACUUACUGGGACCAUGCCAUCGACUUGAAACCAACCUUCAAACCUCAAGUGCCCAAAAUCUACGCCCUGAGCCCAGAAAAACACGACAAAUUAGGAAAAUUCAUCAAGGAACAUCCGAUCCACCUCGCAAACAGCAGCCCCAUUUUUCUUUAUAGGGAAAAAGGAUGGAAAACUACGCCCGGUACAGGACUAUCGCCACUUAAAUUCGCACACCAUCCCGAAUGUGUGCCCCCUUCCACUAAUCCAGGAACUACUGGAUGUGAUAAAAGGGGCCAUCAUUUUUAG